UGCAACUGUCUGUUCGCUCUUAAACAGCAGCAGCUUCUCCUUUCUGAGUUCGUUUACUCUUGUAUAGCUUCUAGAGGCGCUAAAGUCCCGUCAUUUGGUGAACAACUUUCAAACAAGAAUGGCUAAAUACGAAGAAGUCAACGUACACGGCUAUGACGAGUUCUGCAAAGCUGUUUCGGACAGGAAAGGCAAAGACAUAUUCGCUUACUUCUCCGGUGAUAAAGACGCGCAAGGCAAGAGUUGGUGUCCCGACUGUGUGAAGGCUGAGCCGAUCGUAAGAGGCGAGAUGGCGCACCUUCCUGACGGAGCAGUCUUCAUCUACUGUCAAGUUGGAGAGAGAGCCUAUUGGAAGGACUCAAGUAAUGAAUUUAAAAAGACCCUGAAGCUGACUGGUGUUCCCACUCUUCUGCGAUAUGGCACACCUCAGAAGUUGGUGGAGGAGGAGUGUUUCAAAGCCGAGCUGGUCAGGAUGAUGUUCACUGAAGACUGAAGAAUCAUGGUGUAAUCAAUGAAGUGCACUUUGUUUACCGAGGUGGUUUCAUCUAAAUUUAAAGUCCACCUGCGUUAAUGAAAUCAAGUCUAGAUAUGGAUGAAUCAGCUGUGUCUUGUCACUCACUACAGAUCACUGUUGUUCUGUCACUCUGCCGUCCUAAAAUGUUUUUUUUUUUUCGAUAAUUCUUUCAGGCUUAGAUCAUGAAAUAUUUACAUUAGAUUUAUUUUGCAUUUUUUAAUGAAAAAUUCAUGUUCAUUAUUCUAUGGAGUAGUGUUUUCAUUUAAUACCCCGUCUCUGAAACGUUCAACAGAAGUGUAAUAAAGUCGUGUUCAACUGUUUUCUUGUUGUCAGUAAAUGAUUGACGGUGGCGGACGCUAACAGACUCAACAGACUAAUCCGCAAAGCUGGUGAUGUGGUGGAGGUGAAACUGGAGUCCUUGGAGACGGUUAUGGAGAGAAGGAUGCUCCUGAAACUAAGGAGCCUCCUGCCCAACAUCAGCCACCCCCUCCAUGAGCUCCUGGUCCAAUACAAAAGCACAUGGACCAAUAGACUGAGACUGCCCAACUCAAAGACCCAGCGCCACAGGAGGUCCUUUCUUCCCGUGGCAAUAAAAGCAUACAAUUCAUCCCUGAAAAAAAUACAAUGAAGGUUUUUUUUGGCAC